AUGGCAUCGCUACGAUCAAGCAAAUGGGACUUUCUUCAGGAGGAACCGGAGCUGGACGGGGAAGAAGGCGAUGUUUCGCAAGCCAGCAGCUUGCGCGAGCAGGCAAAUGCUUUGAGCCACCACGCACGCCAAGAGCAGGAGCCGCGGCGACGGCAGCAGCAUCUUUGCGAGGCCCUGGGAAUGUAUCGCAAAGCCGAUGCGCUGCUGGGGAACCACUGCAAGGAGUCCAGGGAAGCUUGGCGCUUGGCGCUUCAAUGCCGUCUCAAUGCAGCAUGCCUUCCCAUGCAGGUUGUUGCGCUCGCCGGCGCCGACGAAAGACAGCAGGCCGAGGUGGUCGCUACUCACUUUGCAAAUGCUGCGUUGGAGCUUGAUCCAGAGAAUCCUCAUGCAGCACUCAUCCUGGCGCGCAGUCAGAAGGGCUUGGCCGAGCAGCAUCUCCGCAAUGCGCAGGUUUGGGCGCAGAAGCGAAGGGAUGAGGACGCAGCUGAGCAAGCCGCAGAGUUGGCGAAGAGCUUGCGGCCCGGAUGGCAGACGCAGGUUGAUUCGCCGUCCGUUUGGGUGCAGAAGGGAGCCGAACUCUUCAAGCGAGGUCAAACAAAGGAGGCGGAGUGCUUGUUGCUGCAAGCAGUCGAGUACAUGGACCGGAAGGAGAAUGGGGGUCCAAUAGACUCUCUUGCGACACGAGCUGGACGUGCGCUGGCGUUUGAUGCGCUGGAGGUGUUGGCAGAGUGUCUGGCGGCCAGGAGAGACUUCGAGGGUUCCCUCCGAUGUGGUCGCAGAGCUGCGAAUUUGCUUGAAGUGGGUGCCACUCAGGUUCCUUUCGCGGAGCCCGAGUGUAGCAGGCGAGAAGGCCUGCUGUACCUGUCGUUGGGACAUGCUUCCGAAGCUGCCGGUGAGAAGGAGGCGCUCUCCUUCUUUCGACGAGCAGCUCAAGCCUUGCAGAGGUCCAACUCGCCUGCAUUGGAAGGAACGGCCCUGCUUGAGUUUGGUCUCCGCCUGGCUCAGGACUUCGAUGCUGGGGAUCCGAAUGCUGCUGACUUGGCCAUGCCAACCUUAGAGCGUGCGAUUGAAAAGCUAAAGCUUGCGCACGGUCAGCAGCUGAAAGGAAAGAAAGAUGAGCGGGUUGCAGAUGCGAGUUCGCAGAAGCCGGCGCUCGCUUCCGAAAGACUUCUGAGGAGACAGCUCCAGGCACAGGUGGCAGUGUGCUCGCUCCACCUGUCUCUGGGAGACUCUGCAGCUGCGGAGGAGGUGUUGAAUGAAUCGCGACACCUUGUUGAUGCUGCGGACGCUGGUGAGUCGGCGACUCGCUUGGAAUGGGCCCGCUUGUGCGGUCAAUGGGCCUUCGCUGCCGCACAGGUGGGACGAUUGGCCGAGGCCGAGGAGGCUUUGCGAGCAAAGUGGAAGCGAGCAGGUGGCAAAGACCCAGAGUGGGGCCAAGACGGCUCUGACCUGCAGUCGCUGGAGGGCUCUUCAUGCCAAGAUCCAGAGGCCUUGCGAUUGCAGCAGGAGGCACUACAGAGCCUCGCGCUUGUGCGACAGAAGGCUUGCGAUGCUGUGGGUGUCGAGGACGCCAUGUCCCGCCUUAGCAGAGCCACACCGGAAACAAGCAGAGGUGAUGUGCAGAAAGAGAUGCAACAUCACCUUCAACGCCUUGCCCGUGAAGAGAGCACAAGUCCCGAGUCAGUUGCUGACUUGCAGGAGUGCGACAAGGCAUCCAAAGCUGCACAAACGUUCCCUUUGCAAAAGGGUGCUUGGCUAGCAGGUCUGAGCGCUCUCAUUAUCGGCAUAUCCGCGACCAAAAUAGAGACGAUGAAAACCGUCGUCUGGCCUCUGCACACAAGCCUGUUGCAGAAUUGGAGUUAUGCUUUCAACUGGCAUGAAGUCCCACAAGACUGA